GGGGAAAGGGUGAUGUGUGGACCAUGAAUUCGACGCUGGGUGGGUCUACAGUUUUUCAGAUUCCAAAUAUCUCGCGUGCGUAAAACGUCUUACAGUCAGUCACAAUGUUGGUUCUGGGUGGAAUUAUUCUUCUUCAUAUUACCACCAUCAUCCUUCUCCUGGUUGCCACCAUUGACAAUGCUUGGUGGUUCACAAACGCAGUCUCCACAGAUGUUUGGGGCCGGUGGGAACAGACAGGCUCUGUCUGGCACUACACCAACCUGAAGCCAGGCUACCCUGAAGACUACCUGCAGGCAGUGCAGGCCGGCACUGUGCUCGCCUGUAUCUUCUCCAUCCUGUCCUUGUUUGUGUUUGUCGCCCAGCUUUUCACCCUGAGCAAGGGCCAGAGGUUCACCUUCUCCGGAGUCCUACAGCUAGUCUCGUGUCUGUGUAUAAUGAUCGCCGCCUCCAUCUACACGGCCCAGUUCCACCAUCAGGAGAGGGAGGAGGGCCUUGGCUGGUAUGGACACUCCUUCAUCCUGGCUUGGGUCUCCUUCGUUUUCACCUUCCUCCUGGGCGUAGUCUAUGUGGUUCUGCGCAAGAAGAGCGAGUGAAAAGGAGGGAAAGGAAGGAGGGGGAUACACAGGAAGGAGUGUUGUUACACCGGAUAUGGGGAUGAAGUGGGUGGGAAGCAUGGAGAGAAAAGUUGAAUCAAGAGUUUAGUCCUGGAUCUCUGGCGUCUUUCUUUGGGCCCGUCUCUCCCAACAUCAGAGGAGGUGGCCAGAGGGGAGGGCCCUCACAUAUUUUUUCCUAAGAGAAGGAAAACAGAUGAGGUGAGGAGAGGAAGGGAUGCAAGUUUUAAAGAGUAAUUUUUUUAUGUCACGUUUUCCCUAAAUGCAUUGUAGCAGUCAUCUGCAGUGUAGGCAAGGCAUAUAAAAAACCUUGUAUUGCUACAAAGCCUUCAGAAAAAAUACAGGUUCAGUUUUAAAAGUUUUAUAUUUUGAGGGAUAAUGGUAUGGGGGAGGGGCAAUGCAUCUAGAGGGGGAGGGGAAAAUGGAAAUGAAUGAUGCACGCAACAAGUGUGUUGGACGUGAAAUAUUUGGUGCUUUUAUAUUUUACAUAAAAAUAUUUUAAAUAUUUUACUUCAUUGCAUGCACAAUCAAGAGAGUAAAGGGUGAACAUAUACUGUAUUAUAGGACACACAAAACAUCUUCUGAUAACAUCUUGUGAACAGUACUUACAUUUACAUUUAGUCAUUUAGCAGACGCUCUUAUCCAGAGCGACUUACAGUAAGUACAGGGACAUUCCCCCGAGGCAAGUAGGGUGAAGUGCCUUGCCCAAGGACACAACGUCAUCUGGCAUGGCCGGGAAUCGAACUGGCAACCUUCUGAUUACAAGCCCGCUUCCCUAACCGCUCUGCCUUCUUCCCUAACCUGACUCCCUACUUGAACGAUAAGAAGAGAAACAAUAACAAGCUUUCCUUCCCAGGAAAAAUGUAUUAUAAUCUUUUUUAUGUUGUUUAAAGUUUUUUUAUUUUCAAUUGAAGUAUAUUGUAAUCAUAUACAUUUUUGUAUUAUCAUCGAAGUACAUUGUAACCAUUGUUUUGUUUUGCAUUGUUUUAACAUUUGUAUCCUACGUGAUUCUUUUUUAACCAUGUCUGAUUCUGUGUUUUGGUUGGCUGCUAUCAUAUUAAAGUACAUAUAGUUGUACAAGUGAAUUUAAGUAAUCAGGUACAGAGAAUAACAAGUG